AUGAUCCUACCAAGACCAUUUCGGGAUGGAGGUGUAGGCAUAACAGGACCGGCACGUGAAACUGAAACCCUCGACGGUGGUCUUGUGGGAAUUGGAAUCGAACCUGAACACAUUGGAAUUCCAUUUAAAUGCGAAAAAUCGAUUACUGUGCGAAGAAAAUGCGAGAAUAAUCUGAGAGUACCGUUGUCAGCGAGAUGUUCAAGGGGAGCAGCUCGUCGAGCCGCACUGGCUGCUCGACCGCUAGACGUUUUCGGACGAGCUGAUGGAGGGCGUAGACCAUUUAUUGCCAAUGAGAGUAAACGAGUACUCAGUGCCGCAUGUAUUGUCUGCAAGACACCUGAUAAACCAACCGGAGAAGAACCUAAUGAGGCUGAUACAAUGAAUUUUCUCGAGCAAUUGCACAAUAUGCAGGAAGAAAUAAAGAAUGGACUUAACGAAUCUUCAAAACAGAGUGCUGACUUAUCAAGUGAAUUAUUGAAGUACAUGGCCAUGGAAAGGGAUCACAUCGAACCAAUGGGUGACUCAAUCGAAGAAAUCAACAAGAAUAGCAAAGUCGAUACCGCGCUGUUUCAAGGAGACAUGAUCCUCACCAAAGAGCAAGCACAGGCGAUUAUGAAGGACAUCAACGAAAACGCGAACAAACGCAAUAAACGACAAGCAUACCGUGACUACAAAUAUCCCAGAACAUUAUGGUCAAAUGGAGUCACUUACUUUUUCAGAUCGAGUACAUGUGCGUUUCCCUCAAAGUCUUUAUUCCCACCACAUCACAUCAAGUUUCAAAUUGAUCAAAUUCGCAAAAUUCAAUUUACUUCAGCAGAAGGAGUGAGAAGAGUGUUCAGAAAGGCUGCUGAACUACGGGGAGGUGUGCAAUCUCUCUCUCUUGGCCGGGGAUGCGAGACGGUUGGAACUGCUACGCAUGAAAUCGGUCACGCUUUGGGUCUCUUCCACACUCAGGCAAGACACGACCGUGACAGUUUCAUCACAGUACAUAGGCAAAACUUUUUGCCUGAAUGGUUGCCUCAAGCUGCGAAGGAAAGCAAACGGACUAACUACAACUAUAACCUGACAUACGAUUAUGGAAGUGUUAUGCAUUACGGAGCAUGGAGAAUAUCAAAAAACAGAAUGCCCGUAUGGACACCUCAUGAUAUGAAGUAUUUGCAAACCCUUGGGUCUGCGAUGAUCUCAUUCUACGAGAAACUCAUGGUCAAUCUGCACUACAAAUGCCUUGGCAAGAAAACACAACAUACGUCUUUGAUUUGCUAUAAAUGCAAAAGAAGCUCAUCGGCAACUUGCGAAAACGGUGGCUUCCCUCAUCCAAGAGACUGCUCUAAGUGUAUUUGUCCUAGCGGGUACGGCGGAAGACUUUGCAGUGAACGACCAAGUGGAUGCGGUAAGACACUAACGGCAACCACUUCAUUCCAAACCGUUGAAGACAAAGUAGGUGAAAAGGGUGCUACCAAAGCAAGCCCCGACUUUAAGAUGUGCAACUACUGGAUUGAGGUAUGA